AUGAAAAAGUUGGAGAUCAUUCAAACCAAUAUGAAGAAAGCUCAGGAUAGACAAAAGAAGUACACUGAUCAAUCAAGGAGAGAAAUGGUGUUCAGUAUUGGUGAUUGGGUUUAUCUAAAGGUGUCAGCUCAGAAAGGAAAAGAUCGAUUCGGGAAAGUCGGGAAACUAGCGGUAAGAUUCAUCAGACCUUAUCAGAUUAUAGAACGAAUCGGAGAGGUAGCUUAUCGUCUCAACCUACCUGAAGAAAUGAGGAUACAUCCAGUGUUUCAUGUAUCAAUGCUACGGAAACAUGUUCAUGAUCCCAAAGCUAUUGAGAUGGAGCAAAUCGAAAAUCUGCAAACAAACCUCACUUAUCCAGAGGGACCAAUCCGAAUAGGUGAACGUCGAAUACGAAAACUAAAGAACCGAGAGAUUCCUCAAGUCCAAGUCUUCUGGGGUAAGCGAAACCGUGUAAUUUUGACCUGGGAGGAUGAGUCAAGGUUCAAAGCGUCGCACCCAGAGUUCUUUCAUGAAGAUAUAGUGAUGGAAGAAGGGGAAUCAUCGAAACCCUAG